AUUAUUAAAUUUUUCACAACUUUAGAUUCACUUCCAUUUCAUAGAUUCCAACUCCAACCGUCUGCCACAACAUCUCUACAUACCAAUAUGGUGGCGCCGCCUCCUUCACCACCAGCACCAGCACCACUACCAGCACCCCUUCCGCCUAUAACCGGUGGCAGAUUGGCAGCUACUUGAGUCUCUCUGAUAGUGCAGGAACGUGUCCAAAAUUUCCCUUUAGACAUUUUGGAAAAAAAAUCCCAGUAACCUUCUCACCCGUCCAAUUCGUUGUCCAAACUCCAAACUCUAUUUAUCUGCUGCCGUUACUAAUUUGGAAAACUUGUCAGUAUUUAAGACAUCCAAACCAAACCCCCACCCCCGGGGCUCAAGCCCGCUCCUCCUUUGCAAAAACCCGACACUCGGAGAAAAAGACAUCAGUAAUCAAACAAAGGCUACAAUGGCUUCAACUUCAGCAUCAAAUUCCGGGCUUCAUUCUGAGUCUGCUUCAUCUCCGUCUCUGCCCCCGAACAAAGAAGAACAGGACGUGUCAAGUGAAAAUGGUGCACUCCUGGAGCCAAAGAAAGAAGAACCAUCUAAGGAUAUGGAUAACCAGGAGGACAAGAAAAAGUAUGAAAAUUAUGUAACGCAGAUGACUAGCUAUGUGACGGCUAAGUACUUCUCUGACAAGACCCUGUAUGGGGGCAAUAUUUAUGAUGUGAAAGUGAAUACAGAUGGACAGACUGUGAAGGCAAGCAGGUUGCCUCCACAUCAAUCCUAUGCAGAUCCUGCAAGCUUCCAUGAACUGCUGAACAGUGUAGCAAAGUCUGAAGAGGAAACAUCAGCUGAUGCUUCGAAUGGGAAGCACUCUGGGAAGAAGAACUGAUGUAAUUCUUGCAUCAUAAAGGAUACCAUGGAAUCAAACCUUUUAUCAAAAAAGUAGAACUUAUGUUAUUAUGCCAGAAACUUAAAAUAAAUCCAUGGAAUUAUGUCCUUUUUGAAAUCAAAUGACAAACUUAAAGUUUAGCUU